AUGACGGAUGAAGAAUGGAAAGCGGAGGAAAAGUUGAACAAGAUGGUUGAGAAAUUAAGAAAUGCACCCCUCCUUUACCCUGAUCUAUGCACCCAGUUGUUUGACGGUGUGACCUCGACCAAUGCUGCUAGUUGGGGACCAUCUUCGACACUCCUUCAUCCUGCAGAAGUCUUUACUACACAAUAUUGUGAGGAUAUCGAAAUGGUAGAUACUCCACCUCAAAUGGAUAUCCUAGCCUCAGCUUCAACAGUACCCCCACCUACAAGUGCAUCACAUGCAAGUGGAGAUUCUUCUGCUCGGUCUAAAAAUAAAAGAGGAAAACAAAAUGCACCCGCGGAAACACUGGAUGAUGACAUAAGAGAGGUUGGCAAAGAAAUUAUGAAGGCGGCUCAGGCAUUCGCACAAACUAAUAAUCUUGACAAGGAGAUGGAUGAAUGUAUUGAAAAAUUGAAAGGCUUGGAGCUGGAUAAUUCUGAUCCGAAAUAUAUCACUGCUCUUAUGUUGUUCGCUGAAAAUGCUGGACAUAAUGAACGUUUUCGAGCUGUUAAAGAAAGGUUUCACCACUCCAUACAAACGAUUCAUCAAUGUUUUCAUGAAGUGCUAAAAGCAAUGAUGUGUUUUGCAAGAGAAAUUAUCAUACCAACAUCUUCAAAUACAACAAGAAAUACCUCAGAACGACAUAGACGACUAAAAAACAUAUUUCCUAGAGCAUUAGGUGCACUAGAUGGAGCACUUGUACAUGUAGUCGUGCCCGUUGAUGAACAAAUUCGCUAUAAGGGAAGAGGAAAAGAUAAAUAUUACCUUUGUGAUGCUGCAUACACCAACACCCGUGGAUUUAUGGCUCCUUACCGCAUUACUAGGUAUUGGUUAGCCAAUUUUCGAAGAAACAGAGCUUUAACUAAGGAAGAAAGGUUCAAUAAUGCUCAUGCACAACUUAGAAAUAUCAUUGAACAUGGUUAUGGUGUAUUGAAGGCAAUAUUUCCAAUUUUAAAACGUAUGGCUCCUAAUCCUUUUUCAGUGCAAAGAGACAUAGUCAUUGUCUGUGUUGCAGUCCAUAAUUUUAUAAAGAAAUAUGAUAUUCAAGAUGGCCUUUUGAUAAACUUUGAACAAAACACUACGGUUACUCCUAAUGUGGGAGGUGGAGGAAGUGAGGGCCAAAACAUACAAGGAAUAGAAUGGGGUUCAGAAGCCGUUGAGUAUAUCACUACUUUGCGUGACCAGAUUGCUAAUCAGUUACUUUCAAAUGGUUCACGUUAA